AUGACGCACAGGAAGGCAGCAGGUGGAUCAACCGACUCCACCAUGGGGGCCUGGUUCUCUUUCCCGGGUAACGACGGGCGUGCGAUCCCAAGAGAGUGGGCAGUUGCAGCUGGAUUGGAUGCCACUCCCUUCAACAUGUGUCGACUGAAGAACGUGGGUCGCCCCGGCCCGCGCACACCAGAAGAAUUCGACGCCUACCACAUUCGCAAUCUCGCGCGCUGGGCCCUCCAACAUUACAACUCCAGCCACCUGGGUGCUGAGUUCCGGUGCCCUGAUCAGCCCACCACCGAGGCGAAGGCAGCCUGUGUUGGCUUCAGGGAAGAUCUCUGGUACCACCUCAACUUCUUGGCCUGCCUAAAGGAUGGCGGCGACGAGCAGAGCUUCUUCGCCGAGCUACGCUAUGUCCGGUGUUCCAGCACAAUAAUCAUCGAAACAUGCACCAUCUUAGAAAAACCGUUUUGCCCCUUUAGAAGCAGUUGCACAUUGUGUCCAGAUGAAUCCAAGAUUUUGCAUCCAAGCGAUGUGGAGCUUGGGUGUGGGAAGGAGGGCCACCAAGAGGAAUUCUUCCGCGAGAGGUGUGGAUGGAACGGACAUGUAAAGGAAUUUUUCAGUCCAAGGGAGAUGCUAGCGAUACCCUCCAAGUUAGGAGGACCAGUGCCUCGAUAUAGACUGGAGUAA